AUGGGAGGCUUGUUAUGCACAACUAAUCUUAGUGAAUGGAAAAGAUCGGAGAGCGAGAUAUGGGACUUACCAGAAGAUAAAUGUGGCAUAAUUCCAGCAUUGCGAUUAAGCUACCAUCAUCUUCCUUCUCAUUUGAAAUGUUGCUUUGCAUACUGUUCCAUAUUUCCUAAAGAUUACGAAUUCGAAGAAGAGAUAAUUUUGUUAUGGAGUGCAGAAGGUUUCUUGCAACAAAAAACUAAACUUCCAUUCAAAGAUCUGGGAAAUCAAUAUUUUCAAGAUCUAGUGUCAAGGUCAUUUUUUCAGAUAUCUAGCAAAGAUGAAUCACAAUAUGUAAUGCAUGACCUUAUCAAUGAUUUAGCUCAAUUAGUUGCAGGAGAUAUAUGUUGCAGACUGGAGGAAAAUGAGCAACAAAUGUUUUCACAUCGUUGUCGCCAUUCUUCUUAUAUUAUCAGCAGGUAUGACACGGUGAAGAAGUUUAAAUCAUUUAAUCAAGCAAAUUCUUUGCGUACCUUUCUUCCGUUAAAGCAAGAUUGUUGGCAUCCUUAUUACUUGACGAAUGUUGUCUUGGUUGAAUUAUUGCCGAGACUUGGCUAUUUGAGGGUGCUUUCUUUGUGUAGAUAUUGGAUCACCGAGUUGCCUGAUUGUUUGGAAAAUUUGAAACAUCUACGCCACUUCAAUCUUUCCCAUACUCAAAUCAGAUGUUUACCUGAUUCCUUAUGCACUCUUUAUCAUUUGGAAACUUUUUUGUUGAAACGGUGUUCCAAACUUCAAAAUUUACCCUCGAAGAUGGAAAAUCUUGUUAAUUUACAUUAUCUCGAUAUUAGAGGUGCGGACUUGAUAGAAAGGAUGCCUUUUGGAAUUGGAAAUCUAACCAAUCUUCAAAGGUUAUCUGAUUUUGUUAUUGGUGAAGGUGAUGGACAUCGCAUUGGAGAAUUGAAGAAUUUAUCAAACCUCAAAGGUGAUCUUUGUCUUUCAGGGUUAGAGAAUGUUAAUGGUCGAGAUGCAUGGGAAGCCAGGUUGAAUAAGAAAUCGGGUAUCAAUAAUUUGGUACUAGAAUGGAGUGGAGACUUUGAGCCUACAAGGAAGAAUCAAGUUGAAGAACGUGUGUUGGACUCUCUUCAUCCUCCCAAAAAGCUUGAGCAACUCGUCAUCAAGAAUUUCGGUGGUGCAAAGUUCUCUACUUGGAUAACAGAUUCUUCUUUCAGUAAUUUGUCAUCUUUGGAGCUACGCAGUUGUAAAAACUGCAAAUCACUACCACCGAUUGGAAGGUUGUCAUCGUUGAAAGGUCUUUCAAUUGGUGGGUUGGUUGAGGUGCGCAAGAUUGGUUAUGAGUUGUUUGGGGAAAAUCAGUCAGUUGCAUUUGCAUCUUUAGAGAGUUUGUCUUUCGAGAGUCUACCAAACUGGGAGGAGUGGGAUGCUUGUGAAGGUGAUGAACAAGUUUCAAAGUUACCCAUGCUUCGUAAGCUUUCGAUAAGACAUUGUCCUCGAUUGUUGGGAAGGUUGCCAACCCGUCUUCAGUCCUUGCAGAAACUUGAAAUCUACGAGUGCAUGAGGUUAGUAGUUUCAAUUUCAAGUUAUCCAUCACUGCAUGAAUUAACCGUGGAAGGGUGUGAAGAAUUGGUGGAUGAAUGCUCAUCUUCUUCACCAGGGGAGGAGGUCACCUCUUUGCAAUGCGUGAAUCUCUUUCAAGCAUUUCAAAGUUUAGUAUUGCAGCUGAGAGGACAAUGUUGAGGUUUGCAAACUCCAAACAUUUUGUAACUCGUGAUUUCAGUUUACUACCAAAAGUGUCGCAUGCUUUCACAUUCCUUACAAAAAUGGACCU